GAUUAAAGCGAGAGCCGGGGAGGAUCAGGGACUCCGAGCUGGGCCGAGGAAGACGCGAACUCCGGCGGAGGCGGAGGAGAAGGAGGAGGAGGAGGAAGGCACAGGGGCGGGGAGCGCCGGGACCGGAGCUCCGCAGAUACUGCUGUUCACAAACGUCUGCGAACAAGGUGACCCAGGGCUUUCUCUUCAUUACCGAUAUCCUUAGAAACCACCCAAAUGGUCAGCUUGGACGUUCCAAACACCUCCUUUUACCUGAUGCUGCUGAUAAAAUCAGGAUGGCUUUAAACUCAGGAUCACCACCAGGUGUCGGGCCUUACUAUGAGAACCACGGAUUCCAACCCGAAAGCCUCUACCCUCCACAGCCGCCCAUGGCCCACCGUGCCUACGCGGGGUACCCGGCUCGGUACUACCCGCCCGCGGUGCCCCAGUACACCCCGAGGGUUCAGACGCACACCUCGACACCCGUCAUCCUCAUGCAGCCCAAACCCCCGUCGGGGAUAGCAUGCACCUCAAGGACUAAGAAAGUCCUGUGUGUCACCUUCACCCUGGGGGCCCUGCUGGCGGGAGCAGUCCUGGCUGCGGUGCUGCUGUGGAAGCUCUUGGAGGACCAGUGCUUGGGGAUGGAAUGCAGCUCCUUGGGGACCUGCGUCAGCCCCUCUCACUGGUGCGACGGCAUCCUGCACUGCCCCGGCGGCGAGGACGAGAACCGGUGCGUUCGUCUCUACGGACCCAACUUCAUCCUUCAGGUGUACUCAGCUCAGAGGAAGUCCUGGCACCCCGUGUGCCAGGAUGACUGGAGUGACAACUACGGGAGAGCAGCGUGCCAGGACAUGGGCUACCCGAAUAGUUUUUUUUCUAGCCAAGGAAUAGUGGAUGACAGCGGGGCCACAAGCUUCAUGAAGCUGAAUGUCAGUGCCAACAAUAUCGAUCUCUAUAAAAAACUCUACCACAGUGAUGUCUGUUCUUCAAAAACAGUGGUUUCUUUACGCUGUAUAGAGUGCGGGGUCUCGGGGAAGACGAGACGCCAGAGCCGGAUCGUGGGCGGGUCGAGUGCUGCCCCGGGGGACUGGCCCUGGCAGGUCAGCCUGCACGUGCAGGGCACCCACGUCUGCGGAGGCUCCAUCAUCACCCCCGAGUGGAUUGUGACCGCCGCCCACUGCGUGGAGGAACCUCUUAACAAUCCCAAGAUUUGGACGGCCUUUGCAGGAAUUUUGAGACAAUCUUUCAUGUUCUAUGGAAACGGAUACCGAGUAGCAAAAGUGAUUUCCCACCCAAAUUACGAUUCCAAGACCAAGAACAACGACAUCGCUCUUAUGAAGCUGCAGACGCCUCUGACUUUUAACGACAGAGUGAAACCAGUGUGUCUGCCCAACCCGGGCAUCAUGCUCGAACCGACACAGUCCUGCUGGAUUUCCGGGUGGGGGUCCACCUAUGAGAAAGGGAAAACCUCGGAUGGGCUGAACGCGGCGAUGGUACAGCUCAUCGAGCCCUGGCGGUGCGACAGCAAGCACGUGUACGGCGACCUUAUCACGCCGGCCAUGAUCUGCGCGGGGUACCUGCAGGGAACCGUCGACUCCUGCCAGGGUGACAGCGGAGGCCCUCUGGUCACUCUGAAGAGCAGCAUCUGGUGGCUGAUCGGGGACACGAGCUGGGGGUCUGGCUGUGCUAAGGCUUAUCGACCGGGAGUGUACGGAAACGUGACCGUGUUUACAGACUGGAUUUAUCAACAAAUGAGGGCAAACAGCUAAUCCAUACAGCCUGGGUCCUUGACACCAUUCCACAAGAAAAUGAAGGGGCUGAUUUUUAAUCGCCGUGCAUAAUUAUUUUUAGAAAUGACUCCCAGGUCCUUUUGUUUGUAUUAAAUAGUGAACCUGUCUGCCUUUGGCACGCUCCACAGUUCUCUGCAGGCCACGUGGCCUCCCCCACCCUGGGCCCACACUCCCGGGCCCUUUGUCCGACAGGGGAGGCCCAGCUGGGUGUGGGCACGCAGGGUCAGUGCAGACCAGAGGGAUGGGGGUCUGUCCCACGGGGGCCUCCCUUCCAAGCCCCACUCCAGGGGCCCCUCUUGGAUGCACAUGGGGCUGCUGACUUCUCAGCUGUUGGACGGCUUGAGAUGGGAAGGGAGGAAGCCAGGUAGAACCUGCAGGGGCCACCUUCUGGGGCCAUAGCCAGUGAGGGCCACUUGGGGUAGCCCCAGGGCCUAUCUCCCCAUGAGGGAUUUUGCUGAUCAUUUUUUAGUGCCUUCUUAGCAGCCCUGGAAGGUGGCUGGAAAUAAAGGGACCAGCCCUUCAUGGGUGAUGACUUGAUAGCUACUUGUCAGGGCACUGAAACGUUUUUUCCUUCUUGGUGGGGGGGUGAGGGUGUAGACGGAGCCCUCAAAGCAGAUGUGUUCAGUGCUGAGCACUGCUGGGGCAGGGGCCCCCUGCCUGUUGGGUGGGGCUCUGUCCAGGGAGACCAGCCUUACCCCAUGUCUCCAUCCUGUCCCUCUCCCCGGAGACUGUGCUACGCCCCACCCCCUACUGUGGUCCCCACCCCGAGUGGGGUGCCUGCUGACCCUCUUAAGGCCUGCUAAUCACAUGGAAAUUGAGGUGACCCAGGGCAAUCAGGGAUGCUGAUUAAAGAUACACUGUUUCCUGUAAAGUUUCUACAUGUUACUACCUCAGUGCUCAUGGAAUCUGGGCCGUGAUCCUCUAAGUAGCUCUACACUUGGCUCUCUGAAACUCCUGUUGUCUUUGCCUGUGUGAACAGCAGCGGACUUGAGCUGCUUUUACAAAGUGCCUGGCUCCGAAUUUAAUGCUCUGUAAAUGACACGCUAAAGCACAGCAUCUGUGCUUGUGACAAAGGAGAGAGAGGAGUGUGUUGGACUCCCUGUGGCCCCUUCCAGCCCCUAAAGUUUCCCUGGAGGGAAGGUCACGUUUCAGUUGCCAAGUGUGAAGCAUAAACGCAGGGCCGUGAGGUUCUGCCCCCCCUCAGACACACUGGUGUUUCCAAGAACAAACUGAGUGAUUCUGUGCUAGGACUUAACCUUGGAACGGAAGGCUGUACGAUCCACUCGCAGGAUGCUUGGGCAGCAGCAACCGCAGGGACCGUCCUGACGUGCCUGCUCCCCGAGGCGGAUUUUAAAAAGCAGUCAUGGUGAGAAGGCAUUCCUUCUUUAGUGCUUCUCUUAAUUUAUGUGACCACUGUUUGUCUUCUGUUUUGUAUCUUUUUUAAACUGUAAAAUUCAAGUGUGAAAAAUUGUACAAAUAAAUUAUGCAUUCUUUUUCCAAA